CCUUUUCCGACGCCUCCCCUGCUUCUGGUCUCUUCUUCUUCUCGUCUGUUCUGGGUUUCUUCCCUUCGCGUCUCUCUCGCUCUUCUCUGACCGCUCCGCGGCCCCCCACCCACCCAAGAUUCUACGCUUCCGCCGCCGCUCCCCCGGCUCGCCGAGGUGGCGGCCGUGAGGAUGAGGCCGAGCACCUCGAGUCCCCCGUUCCCACCUUCGCCCGCCGGCCAAUGGCGUUGCAUCUCAUGGCCGGCCACCCCCCACCCCUGCCCCCAGCCGCCGAUGCCGCUGCGUCCGUUCAUGGUGCUCCUCAUCCGCGGUGGCGGUAAGAGGGACCCCACCCGGAGGGAGUUGGACGCCAUCGACGCUCUGAUCAACUCCGGCCCCUCCCGGCCAACGGAGUUCUUCGUCUACGCUUCCGGCCGCGUCGCCGCGAAGCUCUUCUACUGGAAGGAGGGAGAGACCAUGGAUUCUGUCCUCUUCUUCUGGCGCCGCCGGCUCGAGGGCGCCCACCUCCUGCGCCCCAAGGUGGUCGUCGCCGGGACCUCCAUUCGCUACGACAGGGAGGAGGAGGCGGGCCGGGUCAGGGCCCUCUUCGUCGCCCACGCCUACGACCUCCACAAGGGCGAGUCGGUGAAGAGGUGCGAACAGAGGAUUGGGGAGAUCACCGCGGAGAUCAAGAAGCUUUCAGCGCAGCUGGGUGGCCGGAACCGGUUGAAGGACUACGAGAAACUCUAUGCGAAGCGGACGCAGCUACAUACGGAGGAGGAGCAAUUGAAGAAGAAGAUGGAGGAAUUCAGAGCUGCCAUGCAUUGCAUUCUCUGUCAUCUUGGAGAGCCCCUGGAAGAGGUUGGGCUGGAAAAGGAGGCUGCUUUCGAGCUGCUUAAGUUUGCAGGUGGCCGGGACUGGGGCUGCAUUCACUCGGUCAUGGUGCGCGAGUGCCGGAGGCUCGAUGACAAGUUGCCAAUUUAUGCAUGCAGAAGGCAAAUUUUGAGAAAUAUAGUUGCCAAUCAGGUAAUGAUCUUGAUUGGGGAGACUGGUUCUGGAAAGAGUACACAAUUGGUCCAAUAUCUUGCUGAUUCAGGGCUAGUCACUGAUGGAUCAAUUGUGUGUACUCAACCACGUAAAAUUGCUGCCAUAUCUUUAGCACAAAGGGUUGCAGAGGAAAGUUAUGGAUGCUAUGCUGAGAAUUAUGUGGUUUCUUAUCCCGCCUACUCAUCAUCCCAGGUGUUCAAUUCUAAGGUGAUGUUUAUGACAGACCAUUGUCUUCUGCAACACUGUAUGAAUGGGACCAGUCUGGCUGGUAUUUCAUAUAUCAUCAUAGAUGAAGCUCAUGAAAGAAGCUUGAAUACUGAUCUGUUGUUGGCAUUGAUAAAGAGAAAUCUACUUGAGAGGUAUGAUCUAAGGCUUAUAAUAAUGUCUGCUACAGCUGAUGCUAGCAAACUUUCAGAUUACUUCUGUGGUUGCAGCACCUUUUAUGUACUGGGAAGAAACUUCCCUGUUGAAGUCAAAUAUGUUCCUGAUAUAUCUGCUAAUGCUUCUUAUGCUUCCAUUACAAAACAUUAUUCUGGUAAUUAUUCUUCAUAUCUUUCUGAUGUGGUUAAGAUGGUGAAUGUGAUUCACAAGACAGAGGACAACGGUGCUAUUCUUGCAUUCUUGACUUCACAGAUCGAAGUAGAAUGGGCUUGUGAAAAGUUUGAUGACCCCUCUGCAAUUGUUUUGCCAAUGCACGGAAAACUUUCUUGUGAAGAACAAAAUCGUGUUUUCCAAAGUUACCCUGGAAAAAGGAAAAUUGUAUUUUCCACUAAUGUAGCAGAGACUUCACUUACUAUUCAAGACAUCAAGUACGUUGUUGAUUCUGGAAUGGUCAAAGAGAGCAAGUUUGAUCCUAGCAGCGGUAUGAAUGUGCUUAAGGUUUGCAGGAUCAGCCAAAGUUCUGCAAAUCAACGAGCUGGUCGAGCAGGUAGAACAGCACCUGGCAAGUGCUACAGGCUUUACUCAGAGCAUGAUUUCCAAUCAAUGCAAAUGCAUCAGGAGCCUGAAAUUCGUAAAGUUCAUCUUGGAAUUGCUUGCUUGAGGAUUCUUGCAUUAGGUGUAAAGAAUGUACAGGACUUCGAGUUUAUUGAUGCCCCAAGUCCAAAGGCAGUUGAGAUAGCAACUCAGAGUCUAAUCCAAUUAGGUGCCAUAAUUAGUUAUGAGGAUGCAUUUGAAUUAACUGAGACUGGACACUGCUUGACCAAAUUGGGUAUUGAACCACGGCUUGGAAAAAUUAUUCUUGAUUGCAUUAGUUGUGGCUUGAUCAAAGAAGGCUUGGUUCUUGCUGCUGUAAUGACAAAUGCUAGCAGCAUAUUUUGCAGAGUUGGUAGUCAUGAGCAGAAACAUAAAGCAGACUGCCUGAAGGUGCCAUUCUGCCAUCAUGAUGGGGACCUUUUCACUCUGCUUUCUGUUUACAAGGAAUGGGAAGAUGAAAAUGAAAGUAAAAGCAAAUGGUGUUGGCAGAACAGCAUCAAUGCUAAGUCAAUGAGAAGAUGUCAGGAUACUAUGCAGGAACUGGAAAACUGCCUUAGACAUGAACUCAAAAUUGUCAUUCCAAAGUACUGGUUAUGGAACCCACAUAAACCUAGCAAGCAUGACAAGUCAUUGAAGAAGGUUAUACUUGCAUCCCUUGCUGAAAAUACAGCAAUGUAUUCUGGAUGUGAUCAACUAGGUUACAAAGUGGCUUUAACAGGUCAAAAUCUGCCCCUGCAUCCUUCAUGUUCAUUAAUAGUAUAUGGCCACAAGCCAAGCUGGGUAGUUUUUGGUGAAAUUUUGUCGAUAUCCGAUCAAUAUUUGUUUUGUGUGACUGCUGUUGACUAUGAUUGCUUGUACAAGAUUGAGCCUCCAUUAUUUGACGUCUUGCAGUUGGAGAGCCAGAAAAUGCAUAUGAAUGUGGUUACUGGAGUUGGUGUUAAUCUUCUUAGAAGGCUAUGUGGCAAAUCCAAUAAUAACUUACGGUGCCUAGUUUCAUGUGUUCAAGAAGUUUGCAAGGACAAAAAUAUCUGUAUUGAUGUUGACUUCAACAAAAGAGAGAUUCAGUUAUUUGCCCCAGAAAACAAUAUGGGAAAAGUUUGUUCUAUUGUUAAUGAUGCCUUGGAGUUGGAAAGACGCUGGUUAAGGGAUGAAUGCAUUGAGAAAUGCUUGUAUCAUGGAAAUCUUGGUGUUUCUCCUUUUGCACUGUUUGGUUCAGGUGCUGAAAUUAAGCAUCUAGAACUUCAAAAGAGAUACCUAACUGUACAGAUAUCCCAUCCAAGUGCACAUACUCUAGAUGACAAGGAACUUCUCAUGAUGGUUGAUAAACAUGGCUAUGGAAUAGCUAAUUUUCAUAAGCAUGCAGGGAGUGGACAAGGGGGAUCGGACUUAAACAAAUGGGGCAAGGUAACCUUUCUGAGUCCUGAGGCUGCAGAAGAUGCUGUAGCCAGACUAAAUGAUGUAGAAUUUCAUGGUUCCUUAUUGAAAGUUCUUCCUUUGAGGGCAGGAGAUCAUACUGUGUUACCAUUUCCUUUAGUAAGAGCCAAAAUUUGUUGGCCACGUAGACCUAGCAAGGGAGCAGCGCUGAUUGCAUGUGCAAAAGAGGAUGCUGAAUUUAUAGUUAAAGACUGCUCUGCAUUGCUCAUUGGUGAAAGGUAUGUUAAUUGUGAAGUCAGUGUAAAAUCCAAGGAUUGUGUUUUUGUGACAGGAAUUCAAAAAGACAUUACAGAACCAGAAAUAUAUGAUGCAUUUAUAGGAGCAACAGAGAGGAGAAUCCUUGGUGUUCGUUUGUUGAGAGGAGAAGCCAUGAAUAACCUCCCACCGUCUACUUAUGCAGAAUUUCUUGUUAGAGAAAUUGCUCCUUUCGUGCCAAGCAAGAAUUCAAGUAACAGUUUCUGGGUCGAAGUCUUUGACUACGAACCAAGAGAUUGGAUGGUGAAAGCUUUAAUUACAUUUGAUGGCAAUCUACAUUUGGAAGCAGCAAAUGCUUUGAAUUACAUCCAAGGGAGAGUGCUUCCUUGCUGUCUACCAUGGCAAAAGAUACAGUGCCAGCAUAUGUUUUACAGCUCUGUAUCUUGCCCUCCUCGUGUUUAUUUUGUUCUUAAGAAGCAAAUGGAUCAACUACUUCAAAGGUUUAAGAAUCAGAAAGGUGUGUCUUAUAAUUUGGAAAGGAAUGAAAAUGGUGCCUUUCGGAUAAAGUUUUGUGCUAAUUCCCCAAAAGCCAUUGCAGAUUUGAGGAAUCCUCUGGAGCAGUUGUUGAAAGGCAAGACGGUAAAUCAUCCAAGCCUCACUCCAACAGUGCUGCGAUCCCAGGAUGGUAUUGUGCUUAUGAAAACUGUGGAGCGAGAGACUGGAACUUGCAUUAUGUAUGACAGACAGAACAUGAUUGUUAAAGUGUUUGGACCCCAGAAAGUGGUGGAUGCAGCUGAGGUGAAGCUGGUGAGAGCAGUACUUUCGUUUCAUGAAAACAAGAAACUUGAGAUCCGACUUCGGGGCCACAACCUGCCUCCAGGUUUGAUGAAAGAGGUUGUUCGGAGGUUUGGACCAGACCUUCAAGGAUUGAAGGAAAAGGUCCCUGGGGUCGAGGUGAUUCUUAAGACCCGAUAUCAUAUCCUCUCAGUUCAAGGAAGCAACGAGCUGAAACAAAAGGUGGAAGAAAUUGUAUCUGAGGUGGGUCAGUCUCUUGGAAGUGGCAGCGCAUUCGAGCAAUCACCGGAAGAAGCCAUUUGCCCCAUUUGCCUCUGUGAGUUGGAGGAGCCCUUCAAGCUUGAGGAGUGUGGUCAUGAUUUCUGUCGUGCCUGUUUGAUAGAACAGUGCGAGUCUGCCAUCAGAUCACGGGAUGGAUUUCCAUUGUGCUGCACCAAGAAGGGUUGUGGAAUGCCUCUACUGCUCGUGGACCUGAGGUCUUUGUUAUGUAGAGACAAGUUGGAAGAACUAUUCAGAGCCUCCUUGGGUGCCUUUGUGGCAUCCAGCGAAGGGGCCUAUCGCUUCUGUCCCACUCCUGACUGCCCAUCGGUGUAUGAGGUCUCCCCACCGAAUGCAGUGGCCGGGCAUUUUGUAUGCGGUGCCUGCUCAGCAGAGGUCUGCACGCAAUGCCAUUUGGAGUAUCAUCCUUUUGUAUCCUGUGAGCAAUACAGAGAGUUCAAGGAGGACCCAAACCUCUCGGUGGUGGAAUGGCGACUGGGAAAGGAGCAUGUCAAGGACUGCCCCUCCUGCACCCACAUUAUAGAGAAGGUGGAUGGGUGCAACCACAUCGCAUGCCGUUGUGGAGUGCACAUCUGCUGGGUGUGCUUGGAGCCAUUUGAAAGCAGUGAGAAAUGUUACAGUCACCUUGCUUCAUCACACCAUGCUAUCGUAUGAAGUGUCUUCUGAAGUUUCUUACUUUGUUAUUAUGCAAACAAAUAUGCUCUGUGAAUACGAAACCAGACUGUGCAUCUGUUUGCAAGUUAUAUUAGCCUCAAUUAUCCUCUUAUCUAACAUUAUUGUCCCGUAUGAUCCAUAUAUGAAGCAGCUGGAUAGGAGUACAGCACUUUUCGGUAGACAUGGGACACAGCCCUGCAUCAGUGGGAUUACAAUGCAGGCUUCUAUCCCAGAUGUCUGCAGACAAAUAACAGUGCACAGCCUUGUGCUUUAUAGUCCCAUUUAUGUAUAAAGAACAUCAACUUGUAAAUAUUCUCUAAAGUUAUGUUUCUUUUUCCUUCUUUUUCCCUCUAUCAAAGUGCAUGGAUUACUCUGUAAUAAAGGAACCUGCAAGCAGUGUCAUCUAUAAUUACUUGAAUUGUUCAGUUUCA